AUGGCAGUUGCUAGACCACUAGACUUCUACUCGGUUCAUACUUACGGUCAUGGCCUGCACCAGCACAACCCGUUAAGACCAUCCGAGGCAUUACAGUACAAGCUCAGGGGUGCAAGUAAGCCUUGCCUGGUAUCUUUUAGCUCCAAGUUUCAUACUUUUUGUUCUAAAGUACAAUUCCUGCAAAACCCAUCUCGGAAAUCAAUUUUGGGAUGCGGGCUUUCGAGGGAUUCUUCCCAAGACGAAGUUUUGUCGGCUGGUCAGCUGAUUAAGGAGUAUGUGGAGGAUGGGAAUUGCGAAGAUGCAAUAACGAUUUAUGUUAAAAUGCUUGAAUUUGGUUUGCCUGUUGAGGAAUUUCGAUUCUUUCCCUGUUUGAUUAAGGCCUUUGGGGGGCUUUCUGAUGUAGGCAAGGCUAGGGAGAUUCAUGGGCAUGUGUUGAAAUUAGGAGUUUUAGAUGAUGUUUAUGAUGUCAAUUCUCUUUUGGGUGUUUAUUGGAAAUGCGGAGCAAUUGAGGAUGCAGUUCAGAUGUUUGAGAAAAUGUGUAAGAGGGAUUUGGUUUCAUGGAAUACAAUGAUAUCUGGCCUCUGUCAUUCGGGAGAUUACAUGGGUUCGUUGAGAAUGUUUAGUCGAAUGAUACAUGAUCACUGGGUGUUACCGAAUCGGGUAGCUUGCCUUUCAGCUCUCACGUCCUGCUCUUCAGUUCAGUCUUUAGUUCAUGGAAGAGAACUUCAUGGGUUUGUUGUGAAAAGGGAGAUAGAUACUGAUCAGUUCUUGGUUAGUGGGUUAAUCGAUAUGUACAUGAAAUGUGGGGAUGUGAAGAAUGCGGAAUAUGUUUUUAGGAGCAUUAUUAAUGAAGAGUCGAUCAGAGGGAAUCCAGUUAUAUGGAAUGUGAUGAUCUCGGGUUAUGUCUCUAAUGGGUGUUUGUCACACGCAGUGGAGGUUUUCCUAGAGAUGUUGUCAAUUGGGUUGUCACCAGAUACUUCCACAAUGGUUGCCGUUAUAGUUUUGUGCUCUCAGAUGUUGGAUUUAGCAUUCGGAAGGCAAAUGCAUAAAUUCUGUUUUGGCAUUCAAUUGAACAAUGAUGCUAGAGUUGAAACUGCUCUCAUGGACAUGUAUUUUAAAUGCGGUGAUAGUAAGGCUGGUCUUGAAAUCUUCCAAAGAUCUCUAAAUCGUAACGUGGUCAUGUGGGGAGCUAUCAUCUCAAAUUUUGCUCAAAGUAGUCAUCCUGAUGAGGCGUUGAACCUGUUCCAUAACUAUAUAUUAGUAUAUGGGUUUGUCGAUUCUGUCAUAAUCUUGGCUGUUCUACGAGCCUGUUCUUCCUUGACUGCUAAGACUAGAGGCGUGGAAAUCCAUGGACUAGUAGUAAAAUUGGGGUUUGAUUCAGAUGUUUUUGUUGGUGGUGCCUUGGUUGAUAUGUAUGCUAAAUGCAAAGACAUCGAGUCAGCUCAAAAAGUCUUUUAUAGACUACCAGCUAGAGAUUUGGUAUCAUGGAAUGCCUUGAUAUCUGGAUAUACUCAGAAUGAGUGUCUAGAUGAAGCUUUAAAGGCGUUCCUUGACAUGCAAUUUGAAAAAGUUAGACCCAAUGCUGUGACAAUUGCAAGUAUUCUGUCAGUUUGUGCUCAGUUGUCAGGCAUGAUGUUGUGCAAGGAGGUUCAUGGUUACCUUUUACGAAAAGACUUUGAGUCCAAUAUUCUUGUGAGCAAUUCUCUAAUAACUACUUAUGCAAAAUGUGGAGACAUAAGUAGCUCAUGGGCUAUAUUUGAGAAAAUGCCUGAAAGAAAUGAAGUAUCAUGGAAUUCAAUUCUUUUGGGGUUAGGAAUGCAUGGCCAUGCGGAUGAAACAUUUGGUUUAUUUGAAAGAAUGGAAGCAGCAGGAAUGAAGUCUGACCAUGCCACUUUUACAGCUCUAUUGUCUGCAUGCAGUCAUGCAGGGAGGGUUGAAGAGGGAUUGAAAUAUUUUAAACGUAUGGUUCAAGAUUACAAAAUUGAACCUCAACUUGAACAGUACACCUGCAUGGUUGAUCUUUUAGGCCGAGCUGGGCAUCUUAGCCAUGCAUAUGAUAUUAUUUUGACAAUGCCCUGUGUCCCAGAUGAUCGUAUAUGGGGAUCAUUGCUCGGAUCAUGCAAAAUUCAUGGUGAUGAAAGACUGGCAGAAAUUGUAGCUGAUCAUAUCUUUGAACUUGAUCCUACUAGUAUCGGUUACCGUACCCUUCUUGCAAACUUGUAUGAAGAUUAUGGGAAAUGGAAUGAAGUUACUAGGAUUAGAUCAGAUAUCAGAGGCAUGGGACUCAAGAAGACGCCUGGCUGUAGUUGGAUUGAAGUGGAUAGUAAUGUUCACAUAUUUACUGCAGGUGAUCACUCUCAUAAUCAGUCCGACGAGAUAUAUACAAUAAUUGAAAGUUUAACAAGUGAAAUAAAGAAGGCAGGAUAUAUUCCUCAACCAUUGACUGUAAGUGUUGGGCUUGAUGAGGUUAGUAAUGAAAAUCUUAUAUCAUUUAAAGACGACAAUCUGCUGUAUUCAGUGGCAAGUAGAAAGAAUAACCAAAAAGUUUCAACGGAAAUGAUGAUCGGAUGA